AUGGCGUCUGUGUAUUCGUCCUCGCCGUUGUAUGCUGCGUUUGAGACACUGCGGGCAAAGGUGACCGGGACGGAUUUGUAUCAGCCGGCGCUGCAGGUGAUGCGGCAUCUGGUCUCGUUUCCCCGCGAUCAAGAGGGGGCAGACAAGUUCUGGCGGCUGAUGGAUGCAGUGAUGCGUACGGUGUGCGAUCAGCAGCACGUGCUGACCGGUCGAGAGGGCCUGGUGUUUGUUGACGCCGCUGGUGGGAGCGGUGCCGAGGGCGACGGCGGCGGUCGGGCUAGGGCAGUAGAGGAGGAGAAGAGCAAUCUGGUGGCGGAGCUGCUGAGAGUCUCGAACGAGUACGAGGCGCGGAUCGAAGAGUUGGAGGCGUCGAUCGGAGGCUCCGGCGGACAGCCCGUCGGCGUGUCUGGGACCGGGCCCGUCACCGAUGAUAGCAUGGUGCCGCGUCCCCAGUUCGAGGCCAUGGAGACAAGGUAUCGCACGGCACUGUCCAAGAUCAAGGACCAAAUUGCAGAGAAGGAGAAGCUUAUCGCGGUGCUGCAGCAGCGGAUGCGGCGGGUGAUGGGCGAUGUGGGCCAUGACGAGACAGCGCUGGCGGAGAUGUCGGCGCGCCAUGCAUCGCGGACAGAAGCCAUGCGGUCUGUGCUGUUUGACGACGGUCUGCCGCUGCGGCACAUGCGGAGCGUCGAUGAGACGCGGCACGUCAGUGUACCGGUCACCGACGAUCUCGCGCUGCUGAACGCGUUGAUCGAGUCACCGGCUGUCUUUGCCACACCAAGUGCUGGACAGACGGCUGGGGGCCGGCACGAGAGUGGGCGCGACGCGCUCGACGUCUGGCUCGACUCCAACAUGGGCGCAGCUGGCGUACUGGACACUGUUGACCACAGCGGUCACGAGUUGCGGCGAAGCAGGCGGUCACGGCGGUCGAGUCGGCAUGGGCACGGCUCGUCGCGGCACCGGUCGAGUCGGCACCGUUCAUCGCGGAGAAAGUCGCGAAGCAGUGGAGGGAGUCGGACGCGGCGGCGGCGGCGAUCGCGGGAUUGA